CCAGAGUUAAGACGAUGAGCCAUCGCCUUGUGUUCUGUUGCAUGUUGCACCAAGCGGCACAAAACGAAACUUGCGGCUUAUCAAAACAAUUUGGAGCUCAGCACAAAGUGCGAUAAAGUUAUUAUUUUUGUGCAGCCCAGUCGAAAUAGUGCGGUCGCGUUGAGAGUGAUAAAUUAAUCACGGCGACCUUAUCUCGUGCUCUUUAUUUCUGAAGCGGUACAUAUAUUCGGGAAUCAAUCGCGGUCGCGGAGUUGAAUCGAGCAACGCCUCAUAGCCCACCGUAUUCUGUGUGUUCCCGUCAUCUGUUUUGAGUCUCAUCAAGAAGGGAAAAAAUAGAUAGCGGUAUUCUCCCGUUCAGUUAUCACGACUUGAUACGUUCAUACGUGGGGAUCCGGCUUAAUUUCUUCAUUAGUUUUUCGAGAAAAUCAUCAGGCCAUCAUGAUGGGAUUGCUGGACAAGGUGUUAACUUUUAUCAACUAUUGGUGGUUCCGAUAUUUGAUGAUCACGGAAUUGUACAUGGUCGAGAGCUGGGAGCGAGUGACGAUCCACGUAUUUCUAUUCGCACUGUUCAUGCUCCAAUGGUACUUCAACUGCAAGGUCGUUCUCCCGUUCACCGGCAGCAUACUGGGGAUACAACCGAUCGACCAACAGCUGGCAUCCUUUCAAACAUAGACCCAGAUGCGAAAUGUUUGACGGCAGUCGCAACGACUAACAAAUCUACCUGUGAGUUGCAAGAGAAGUAUUCAAGCAAUUGUUUAACAAUAUUACCCAGCCCAUUAAGUUGUUGCACGACUAAGAACCAGUAAGUUAAACAUAGAGCAGAAACAAUUGGUAAUCUCUUCUUUUAAUGUAAUGGAAAAUUUAAGUUAAGUUAUUGAAAAAUUAAAUGAAACUACUACCGAAACAUAGAAUCAUUAUCGUGAAUCUGAACUUAGUUGAAAAAUUGUGUAAAAAAGAUGACACGCAAAAAUAAGCAAAUGACUAAGGGUAAAAUGCUUCGAGUGCACAAAAAAUCCCACAAACCUCCGGAGGAAGUAGGCAACCAGACAGCCAAAAAACCAGUCACUUUUUUAUAGAUGUUGUUAAAUAGGAAUUCCUCGACGAUAAGUGCGAUGCCUCAGCUUGAUGUGUGGAAAUUUAAAAGCCGGCGUCAUACAAAUAUAAUACGCUAUCGAACAAACACUAUUAUUACGAAUCUGUGGUGCGGAUAGAAUCGAUUUGGUUGUCAAACUGAAGCCAAAAAUUUCUAUUGUGCCGGAGCCAAACAUUGAAGAUUGUGGUUAUGUUCGUUUCUGAUUUAAUAUUGAGAAGUAUUGUUAUUAUUUGGAGAAAAAAUAAAAAUAAACUUUGUUUGAGUUUUGUAUUCUUUGUAAUAAAUAUUCUCACAUUAUAUUUCGAGUGGAAAAUUAGUAGGAAUGCAACUAAAAAGCACUCGUUACGAAAUUUCUUGAGAUUCAACAGCUGAUUGGAGCAUGAAUGUAUGUAAACAAUCGUUAAGUCAUGUAGAGUCUAGCGCAUUUGUGCGCCCUCGUGCAGCGUGGAAAGAGAAAUUCGAAGAGCGGGAAAUGUUUGACAGCCAAGUAACUGCAAAAUAAUUUUGUUUAUGGGAGUGAUUUCAAAAUAUCCCUCUACUCGCUUGAGCGCAGAAAAGCGGCUCUAUCCGCAGCACCCAGUUACGAAUGAUCAAAUAAACCAUUUCGAGUGAGUAGGUUUCGAAUGGGCUCUCUCACUCGAACUAAGUAAGUA